AUGGCGAAAAAGAACGUGCACAGAAAUACAACCAGUGGAACUGAUUCUUCAUCAUCUGAAGAUGAUGAAUUUGUAAGCUCAUCAUCAUCUUCCGAAGAAGAGUCUGCAAGUUCAUCAUCUUCUGAAGAAGAGUCUGCAAGUUCAUCAUCUUCAGAAAAAGUUGUUAAGUAUUUAGACUCAAGAUCCUACAAAAGACUUAAAGCAAAGGUGUUUAUUUGGGUUGAUUCUAACUUAAAAGACAUAUUUGAAAUAGAUAUUAAGAUUACUUGGGCAGAACAGAAAGAUGAGAUAGUUACGAAGCUACUUCCAGCACUUCGCAAACUGGUUGAUAAAAGAUAUAAAGUAACAAAUAAAGAACUAUUAGAUAUGCUUUAUAGACGUUGGCACUCCCGCCAUCGAGAAUAUAAUAUUAGAAUCCAAGGCGAAGAAAAAAUAAAGAAUAACAAAAGAAGAACUGCGAAAAACUCAAAGAUGCAGGAUAAAAAGAAAAGAAGAGUUGUUGCAGCGAAUUAUCUUAUUCAAAACAAUGACAAUUAUAUUAAUAGGUAUCCUAAAAAAGAUUUAAUUAACAUAUUGAAAGAAACAUCAUACCAUUUGGAAGAAUGGGAAGAGACAGACCCCGAGGGCGAAUGGCCAGUCACAAUACCGGCGGUAGUUGAAAAAAUUAAAGAACCACUUGAUCCUUGCGAUGAUCCAGACGAAAUAGACAUUAAUAAUCUGGAGUUGUGGCUGGAAAAAGAGUUAAUUGUAAAAGAAGCGGUCAAAACCAAAACAACGUCUAUAUAUAUAUAUGAUAAAUGGUGGCGCUCCCCAGAACUUCGUCUUUUAUUACAUAAAAGAAUCGAUCCAACGGUCAAUUUGUUAAGAACGAAGCAAACAACUUUAAAGUACAAAAGGAUUGAUGGUAAUGUACAAGAAACUGGCACGCCACCAAAUGGAGCACCUAGUUGGUGUCUAAAUAAAGCAGCACUUGAAAGGCUUAAUCGCUCGACUGAAGUACCGAUUUAUGACUGGGAUUCUGAAAAUGAUAGCUAUAAUGGGGAUGAUGAUGAUGAUUACAACAAUCCUCCUGAUAUUGAUAACAACAACAAUAACAGGGUAGAAAGUUCCAAAAAACAUAAGAGAAAGAAAAGAAAAUAUCAUAAAAAAGAAUCAAAAAAACGUAAAUCAAAAAAAUCAAAAUGA